CCGGGGGAGCGCUACUACCAUGAACUGCCUGGUCCUCCUCCCCAGAGCUGCUCAUCAGGGUCGGGCUGGAGACACAGUCAGGGGACCCCGUCGCCGCCGCCGCGCCCCCUCUUCUUUCGGCUCGAUCUUCUCUUCCACCUUUUCCUCCUCUUCCUCCACCUUCUCUUCCUGCAUCCCCCCCUCCCCCGCCGCGGAUCCUGGCCGCUGCUUUCCAGACCCAGGAUGCCGGGGGGCAAGAGAGGGCUGGUGGCACCGCAGAACACAUUUUUGGAGAACAUCGUCAGGCGCUCCAGUGAAUCAAGUUUCUUACUGGGAAAUGCCCAGAUUGUGGAUUGGCCUGUAGUUUAUAGUAAUGACGGUUUUUGCAAACUCUCUGGGUAUCAUCGAGCUGACGUCAUGCAGAAAAGCAGCACUUGCAGUUUUAUGUAUGGGGAAUUGACUGACAAGAAAACCAUUGAGAAAGUCAGGCAGACUUUUGACAACUACGAGUCAAACUGCUUUGAAGUUCUUUUGUACAAGAAAAACAGAACCCCUGUUUGGUUUUAUAUGCAAAUUGCACCAAUAAGAAAUGAACAUGAGAAGGUGGUUUUGUUUCUAUGCACUUUCAAGGAUAUUACAUUGUUCAAACAGCCAAUAGAGGAUGAUUCAACAAAAGGUUGGACAAAAUUUGCCCGAUUGACACGGGCUUUGACAAAUAGCCGAAGUGUUUUGCAGCAGCUAACGCCAAUGAAUAAAACAGAGGUGGUCCACAAACAUUCAAGAUUAGCUGAAGUUCUUCAGCUGGGAUCAGAUAUCCUUCCUCAGUAUAAGCAAGAAGCGCCAAAGACGCCACCACACAUUAUUUUACACUAUUGUGCUUUUAAAACAACUUGGGAUUGGGUGAUUUUAAUUCUUACCUUCUACACCGCCAUUAUGGUUCCUUAUAAUGUUUCCUUCAAAACGAAGCAGAACAACAUAGCCUGGCUGGUGCUGGACAGUGUGGUGGACGUUAUUUUUCUGGUUGACAUUGUUUUAAAUUUUCAUACGACCUUUGUGGGGCCUGGUGGAGAGGUCAUUUCUGACCCCAAGUUGAUAAGGAUGAACUAUCUGAAAACUUGGUUUGUGAUUGAUCUGUUGUCUUGUUUACCUUACGACAUCAUCAAUGCCUUUGAAAAUGUAGAUGAGGGUAUCAGCAGUCUCUUCAGUUCUUUAAAAGUGGUGCGUCUCUUGCGACUGGGCCGUGUGGCUAGGAAAUUGGACCAUUACCUAGAGUAUGGAGCAGCGGUCCUUGUGCUGCUGGUUUGUGUGUUUGGAUUAGUUGCUCACUGGCUGGCCUGCAUAUGGUACAGCAUUGGGGACUACGAGGUCAUUGAUGAAGUCACCAACACCAUCCAGAUAGACAGUUGGCUCUACCAGCUGGCCUUGAGCAUUGGGACUCCGUAUCGAUACAAUACCAGUGCAGGGAUAUGGGAAGGAGGACCCAGCAAGGAUUCACUAUACGUGUCCUCUCUCUACUUUACCAUGACAAGCCUUACAACCAUAGGAUUUGGAAAUAUAGCUCCUACUACUGAUGUGGAGAAGAUGUUUUCGGUGGCCAUGAUGAUGGUUGGCUCUCUCCUUUAUGCAACUAUUUUUGGAAAUGUUACCACAAUUUUCCAGCAAAUGUAUGCCAACACCAACCGGUACCACGAGAUGCUGAAUAAUGUUCGGGACUUCCUGAAACUCUAUCAGGUCCCCAAAGGCCUUAGUGAACGAGUCAUGGAUUAUAUUGUUUCAACAUGGUCCAUGUCAAAAGGCAUUGACACAGAGAAGGUCCUCUCCAUCUGUCCCAAGGACAUGAGAGCUGAUAUCUGUGUUCAUCUAAACCGGAAGGUUUUUAAUGAGCAUCCUGCUUUUCGAUUGGCCAGCGAUGGGUGUCUGCGCGCCUUGGCGGUAGAGUUCCAGACUAUUCACUGUGCUCCCGGGGACCUCAUUUACCAUGCUGGGGAAAGCGUGGAUGCCCUCUGCUUUGUGGUGUCGGGAUCCUUGGAAGUCAUCCAGGAUGAUGAGGUGGUGGCUAUUUUAGGGAAAGGGGAUGUAUUCGGAGACAUCUUCUGGAAGGAAACCACUCUUGCUCAUGCGUGUGCCAAUGUCCGUGCCCUGACAUACUGUGACCUCCACAUCAUCAAGCGAGAAGCCUUGCUCAAAGUCCUGGACUUCUACACAGCUUUUGCAAACUCAUUCUCAAGGAAUCUCACUCUUACCUGCAAUCUAAGGAAACGGAUCAUUUUCCGCAAAAUCAGUGAUGUGAAGAAAGAAGAGGAGGAGCGCCUCAGGCAGAAGAAUGAGGUCACCCUCAGCAUCCCUGUGGACCACCCGGUCAGGAAGCUCUUCCAGAAGUUCAAGCAGCAGAAAGAGCUGCGGAAUCAGGGGUCAACACAGAGUGACCCUGAGCGGAACCAGCUGCAGGUGGAGAGCCGCUCUUUGCAGAACGGAGCCUCCAUCACCGGUACCAGUGUGGUCACCGUGUCACAGAUCACACCCAUUCAGACAUCUCUGGCCUACGUGAAAACCAGCGAGUCCCUCAAGCAAAACAACCGCGAUGCCAUGGAGCUCAAGCCCAGUGGCGGUGCUGACCCCAAAUGUCUCAAAGUCAGCAGCCCCAUAAGAAUGAAGAAUGGAAACGGGAGAGGGUGGCUGCGACUCAAGAAUAACAUGGGAGCCCAUGAGGAGAAAAAGGAAGACUGGAAUAACGUCACCAAAGCCGAGUCGAUGGGGCUGCUGUCCGAGGACCCCAAGGGCAGCGAUUCAGAGAACAGCGUGACCAAAAACCCGCUGAGGAAAACAGACUCUUGUGACAGUGGCAUUACAAAAAGUGACCUUCGUUUGGAUAAGGCUGGAGAGGCGCGAAGCCCGCUGGAGCACAGCCCCAUCCAGGCUGAUGCCAAGCACCCCUUUUAUCCCAUCCCCGAGCAAGCCUUACAGACCACGCUGCAGGAAGUCAAACUCGAACUCAAAGAGGACAUCCAGCUGCUCAGCUGCAGAAUGACUGCCCUGGAGAAGCAGGUGGCAGAAAUUUUAAAAAUACUCUCAGAAAAAAGCAUGCCCCAGACCUCUUCUCCCAAAUCCCAAAUGCCGCUCCAAGUACCUCCCCAAAUACCAUGUCAGGAUAUUUUUAGCGUUUCAAGGCCUGAGUCACCUGAAUCAGACAAAGAUGAAAUUCACUUUUAAUAUACAUAUAUACAUAUAUAUUUGUUAAUAUAUUAAAAACGGUAUAUACAUCUAUAUACAUAUGUGUGUAUAUACAGUAUAUACAUAUAUAUAUAUAUAUAUAUUUUCACUUGCUUUCAAUAUGAUGAACACUAUGGAUUUUGAUAUGUAAAUAUUGCAUGUCCAGCUGGAUUCUGGCCUGCCAAAGAAGAUAAUUAUUAAGAACCUAGAUAUUGCUUGUAUAUUAUGCAGUUGACUGCAUGCACACUUCACAUUGGUUUAUAAUCUCUAUUCUAUAAUUUUAAAAAGUAUGACUUCUGUUAACCAAGGCAAUGUAAUAGUUAAAGAAUCAGGGUCCAACCUGCCAAUGUUGCCAUGACAAAUCUGAUCUCAGGCUGAGUAUAUUGAAGCUGUCAUUUCCUCACUGUUCUGUUAAGUUAAAACUAUAAAUUAAUGCCAAGGAAGCAUUCAACCUUUUAAACUGUUAGUGCCAUUUUGUGAUCUCUUUCCAUAGGAUAUUUUUCCGUAACUUAGUGUUAGGUUAUUUUCCCCAACAGGCAGUGUGUGCUCCAUUUAAAGGACUGUUUUGUUGCCUCUGUCAGAUAGCAGUGUGGGAUAUCGAGAACUAAUUGCUGUGGGGUUCGUGCAUGAACUGCAUUUUCGCUCAACUAUACCUCUCCUUUUUUAACAUUAUACUUAGAUAGUAAUCAUUAACUCUUCUGUAAGGAUAUCCCUACUCCCUCCGUCUUGGAGACUGGCCACCAUCUUGUAAGCUGAUUUUAUCAACCCCAUAAAUACUGAACUAUUAAUGUAGUGUAUAUUAUUAUAGAAAUACUGCACCACAGGGUAAAAGGGUGUCUUAACAAUUCAUGUUAGAGAUGCUGAUUUUCCAAAGGUGAUGAAUGUUCUAAAUUUGUGUUUUUUAGACUUGUUCAAGGGUGAAGUUGAAAGGCGCUUAGCAAAGAAACAAGCAAACAAAAAAAAUUUAAGUAAUCAUUUAAAACAUUUAACUAUAAUGAUAUAAAAUAAAACAGAAUGUAAACAGAGAAGUUCUUAUAGUAUAUCUGUGACUUAGAAAGAAUGAAACACAGGUACGGAAUUGUUCACACCUGAUUCUUACUGCUUAUAGAGGUAACGCGUGAAAUGUGGUUUAAACAAACUAAAAAGUAGAUGUUAAGUUGCUCAACUCAGAUAACCGCUUUUGUAUACUUUUAUUCUGGUUACAAUUUUCUAAAGCUUUUUGCACACAGUUCUACUGCUGGACUUCUGCUGGGCUGAGACAAUAGACUGCUGCAGCUCAGGCAGAUCCACUUGUGAAAGGAGGGUACUGAAGACGGAAUUCCAGAGUCUUUUGGGCCACAAAUCCUCUUCUUAGAAAGUGCCUAUUAUCAACUAAAAAAGAAAAAGUAAACAAGGUUGUGUAUAGCUAGGCCUUUAAAUCCAUUGAGAAUAAAAUGCACAUUCAUGAGUAAGAACCCAGAAAAAAAUUUAUUUCUUUUAACUAAAGUUUAUGAAGUUGAUCAGAAAGGCAUACUUUUAAAUUGGUACGUGCAUGACAUUUCAUAGUGGGAGCAGGGCAGUUAAUGUUUGCAUCAAGUUGAAAGUAUAUAGCAGCCAUUUGUAUAUUAUUGGACCACCUGUACAUAGAUGUUAACAACAUACACAAGAUGACAGGAAGUCAAAGGAGAUACUUUGAUGUAUUGUACCCGUUUGUAUGAGCUUUUUAAACUAUCUCCAAGCAUCCCCAAACAAAGCCACCAGAACCGAAAGACAAGUUACCACAAUCAGACUGGAGAAGUGCAAAACAGAAUGAUUUAUAAAAACAGUUGCUAUUUUACAGUUUCUAUUAGCGCUUCUUCACAUGCCCACAAGAUGUGCCUCUUGAAUUCAGGAGUCUCAGAACAGAUGUUAUGUGCCACGGGUUCCAUUUUCCUUUCUUUGUGCCCAUAACUCCUGUGACUCAUCAUGGCAGUUUUCAGGGAAGCAAGUCUCCAUGCUGUGCUACAGUAUCUACCUACCUUAGGCACAAGGCAGCGAGGUAACCACAGUGUAAGGAAUCAGCCUUGAAGUUGGGACUCCGUUGCUUUUGUGGUGAGGAUCGUACCUUUCUCUUGACCUCUGACAUUUAUUGAAUUUCAGGGUAUUUUCUAUUUAACCAUGUAUGAAGCAAGCUUGACUAAGCUUUUAAAAGUGAGUGAGUGGUAAAAAUAAUCUGAGCACAGACAUGGUCUAUUUAACUUUAGCCGCAUGCUUCAAAAAUAACUGUCGGUGUGAGGGUCUAAGGGUGACCGUGAAACAGCAGGACAAUUUGAAGUUGCAAUCCAUGCCUUUGCUUUUUAGCGUUGCUAAUAUUUCCUGUGUUCUGACAUUGACUCAGAGCUUCAUCUAAUUGACCUACCAGGUUAUUGAUCAUAUAUAUGGGAAAGGAACAUAUGGUUUUGAACUGCUUCCGGUUGUCACUAAGGAGGGAAAAGUAUCUGUUGCUUGUUUAUGGUGCAGUUAUCACAGUAUUCUUCUCCAGCCACCUCUGUUCCUGUGUGCAUGAUAUGAUGAGGUGCUGAAUGCACUCUGCUGUUUUCAGCAGGAAUGCAUGUGUUCAGCAAACACUGUAUAUAGAGUAGUCUUUUAGGUUCCCAGAUGCCACAACUCUUACCAGUUGAACUUACACAGAUUUGAAUGAAGGGUGACCACUUGCUUGAAUACAUGCAGUAAUGAUACAGCCACAUUCUGUGUUGCCUCAACCAGCAUAAAGACAGUCAAUUCUCUCUGAGGGGACCAGAUGACUGCAUGUUUUAUUCUUACACAGUAUAGAUGCUCUCGGUGCAUCCAGAAUAAAAUAUUUAUUAUUAUCUUUCUGAACAAUGUAAUAAUAGGAGUAAAUAGGUAUGUGUUUAAAAUUUGAACAUUUUCCAAAGCAACUUACACACCUUUGAUAUGUUUCUAUGGUAACAUGUAAGUUUAGAUGCUGGACCCUGGACAGGUGGUUGUAAUGCGAUAGCAGAAAUCAAACAGAAACGGAAAUGUGAGCUGAGUAUCACAACAGCAAGUUUCGUCAGGCUGUGUUAGGACAUGAUUGCACUAAAUGUGACCUAGUAGACAGAGGAGCUUAUGAUAAACAGCAAAUAGGAACGCAAAGGGCAGAUGACAGUGCCGAAGCUGCUAGUGUCCCACAUUGACAUAAAUAGUCCUUGGAAUGGUUCCAGGCAUAGACGUUGAAAAGAGACACAUACCUCGUUGUUAAAAUGGAAAACUUAUUAUGACACUGGUUUCAUCUCACAUUAAGUAUGGAAGUACAAAUGUCCCAAGUAUUCAGUUUAAAAAAAUUAUAUAGAUCAGAGCAAGAGAAUUAGAAAGUUUGGGGUUCUGAUUUCUCCUAAGAAUAGAUGUCUGCUCCUGGAGUACCCAGCACUUUAAUGGGAAUAUUAAUUAUGACCACUAACUAGCAUGCCAUUUUGAAAAUUAAUCUUAUAGGAGCCCCUCAAAAAAACCCACAACUUUCCUUCCUUAAAUUUAAGGAAAUUUUGUUGACUUUUGAGAUCUGACCCAUUUACUGUUCUAUUUCAAAUAACUAAAUUCUUUUAGGAAACUUUUUUUUUUAAUUUGUCCUCAGAGCAAUGACUGUUUUUGAAGUGUGCAGUGGCUGAUGCUAGUGAAAUUAUUUGUCAUAUUCCUAAUGAAUUCUACAAUCUUCUAUAAUUUUUAUCUUUUAAGCUACUUUGUCUCUUUUCCAAAAUUUUAUGUAGGUAAUGAGAAAAUUUGUCUAGGAUGUACAUGUCAUACAUGGAUAGCUCUAAAAUAUGAAUAUUUUGUCAUUAUGUCAAUGUUGUAUUUCAUAUUUUGUUCCGUAGAAGAGUAUUUCUCUUGUGGUCUUGCUGGAAAGGGAGAGGAGAAGGCAUAAUUUUUUGGAAAACUAGGAUCCAGCCCCUAGGAUGAAUAUCUGAGCUCUGUCUUGGGUUCUGCAUCUAGCUUUGCACAAUCACAGUGUAACUCUGGGCAAGUUAACUGUUUUUUGAUGUAUCCGGGGCUUCAGUUUCCCCACUAAUAAAUAAUAAAAUGAAGAUAA